UAGCAACGUACUUGCCAACCCGGAAGUAGGGGGUUAAACCUGGUGCUCCUGAAUGCAGCAUAUGUUGAUCAUGAAGCUGGAGGAUUUCCCUACGAGCUGAACGCGAUCAGGAGCAGAAGAAUGAGAUUCCUGCAGCCGAGAUGCUGUUGUUGUUGUUGUGCAGCUUGAUGUCACGUGUGAAAUGAGCUGCUAUGGCCAGAGGUCUGUUAGCUCGGGCCUGGAUCUCCAACUCGUACCUCUUUCACGUUCGGCUGUCCUACAUGCGGGUGAAGUACCUGUUCCUCACCUGGCUGGCGGUGUUUGUGGGCAGCUGGGUGGUGUAUGUUCAGUACUCGUCUUACACAGAGCUGUGCAGAGCGCAUGAGUGCUACACCACCAUCUGCGACAAAUCCAGAGCCGGAGUGAUCGACGGCUCGGCCUGCAGCGGCCUGUGCGACAAAGACUCGCUUUACUUCAGGAGGUGUCUCUCAUCUAAAGCCAGCACUCAGGUAUACACAGCGAGCUGGGGCGACGUGGACGCCGUGAUCAAGUGCCAGCUGGGCGACGUGCUGCACUAUGAGCUGGGGGACGAGCUGGAGCCCAGGAAGGAGCCGGUGCUAUUCGACAAACCCACCAGAGGAACGUCGGUGGAGAAGUUCAAAGAGAUGGUGUACGGUCACGUGAAGGCGAGGGUCGGGGAGCAGGCUGAUCUCACCACGCUAGUGUCGCUGGUCCUGUCGUUUGCGGAUGCUGAUAAUGACGGACGCGUGUCACUAGCGGAGGCCCGGUCAGCGUGGGCUCUCCUGCAGCUGGACGAGGUUUUACUCAGCGUGGUUCUGCAGGGACGCAGUCACACUCCCAAGCUGCUGGGUUUCUGCGGCGACCUGUACGUGGUGGAGCGAGUCGCGUACACGCCGCUCUACGGUCUCAACCUGUCUCCGGCGCUGGAACCCUGGAUCACGGCUGUAGUCGGACGCGGCCUGGAUCACCUGUUCGCUCCGUCGUGGCCUCGGAAAGCGAAGAUCUCCAUCGGGCUGCUGGAGCUAGUGGAGGACGUUUUCCACGGGACGUUCGGGUCCUUCCUGCUGUGCGAUAUGAAGCCGGGCAGUUUCGGGUACACCGAACGCUACGAGCUGCGUCUUUUAGACGGACGACACGUCGUGCCGGAGGAGGCGUUCAGACGCGUCAUGCGAGCUCGGCCGUGCCAGGAAGAUUCGGACUGCGUGUACAGCGCAGACUGCAGAGCGUUGUGUCGCCGAGCCGAGCACCACUGCAGCCCCGAGCCGAGCCGGACCAAUCUGGCACGAGCCUGCAGCGCGCUGGAGGACUUCCUGCUGCAGGGGGCACCUGCGAGUCUGCGGGACGAGCUGGAGAGGCAGCUGAAUGCCUGCAUGGAGCUCACGGGAUCCGGUGAGCAGAUGCAGAUGGAGCACUCGCUCAUCCUCAACAACCUGAAAAUGCUGCUCUGGAAACAAAUCUCACACACCAUCGACUCAUAACGACACACACACACUGUGAGCUCACCAUGAUACCGCUGUGUGGGGGUUCGGAUCCCACCUGCUGACUUAAUUACGUAGUGUCACUCUUUAAACUCUCCUCCUACCUGUAAGUUUCAGACACAGCAACUCAAUGAGCCAUUUGUAAGGACAUCAAGGUUUUAUGGAAAUGAGCCUGGAAAUAAACCCCGCCCCUUGUAAGAAAAGCCCCACCUACUUUCUCCUUUUAUGGGGUACCAUUACUUUUGUCCUCAUUGAACCGUUCGCUUUAACCUGCAUUUAAAAUCUCAGCGGCUCCAGUGAGACGUGACUCAGUCAAAACGAUGACGACAAGCUGACAAUUGGCAUAAAUAUUGGCACCCUAACAGCAGGAGAGUUUAAAUAAUGACAGAAUCUCAUCUAAUGUGUUCGUAACACACGUUCGUGCCAUACACGAGGGAUCACUGAUCAUUCAGUGGGGUGUUUUUUUUUUUUUUUUUAAAUACCUUUCGUCCGUUAAUUAAAGAUGCACUAACGAUGACGUAGAGGUGUGCGUCCGGGACUGGUUUGGAAACACACACACACCCCCCCCUUUCCUACGUCUCCCUCAAUGACACUCUGAUAGCGGAGAUUUCACCUUCGCUCCGUCUCGACCCGAUGCAGCGGCGCUUUAGUCUUUACGUCUGACCGCCGAACACGUUCACCUUCGCUUCGACAUCUCACACAUCGCUAAUCGGCGUUUUACACCGUAGCUGCGCCGCAUUCAGGGAUUUUGACUUGUUUGCACCGACGUCUUCACUACAUAUAAAAACGUCACAGAGAAAGAAAUCCUUGAAGUGAGAUUUUUCUCAAACCGAACGCCGUUGUAACUGCAGCAGGACGGAAUCUCGGUCCCGACACACACCUCUACCACUAAACUGUGAUCGUGUCUUUUUAGGUCACGUAUUUUACACCCCGUUAGUGCUGAGAUCCUCCUUCUGCAUGCUACUUUUACACCUGAAGAGAAACAACGCCGAGACAGAAACAGACUGAUCUCGUUCAGGUUGUAGGACUCUGUUUUAGACAAUGUUGAAAUUUUUAAAUCUUUUUUUUUUCUCGAAGUAUUCGCCUCCUGUUCUGUGCCAUCACGUGACCGACCUGUUGCUGAGCAUCGCUGCUGCUGGUUAAGGAUGAAAACCAAACGGUACGAUUCGGAAGAAAAAAUAAAUAUAUAAAUGCAUGACUUUGCACAUUAAAGUAUUUUGUCGCA